AUGAUGCGUCUUAGCAACUUCAGCAAAUUGGCCCAGUCUGCCAAAGCCGCCCUCACGUCCCGAGACGCCGCGUCCACGCAGCAGAACCUCGAAACUAUCAACGCCGCAGUCCAGAAGCUCACGGCGACUGUGGAUGGCUACCAGGGUGGACUCCUCGCCGCGAACAGCAUCUCCAACGACGAGGCUGCGCUCGGACAAAAGAUCAAGGACGCCAUCAAGGAUGCCAACGCCAGUGAGAUGGUGACCGAGGAGGAAGCGAGGGGGAUUAUCAAGUACAUCACUGAUACGCUCGAGCCUAACAUCAAGACCUGCAUGACCAGCCUCCAAACCAAGAAAGAGCAACUGAAAUCCGCCGGCCUCCAGGGUACUGUGUCUGGCGACAUGGAGGAUCUGAGGAAGUUGACGAAUGAUUUGUCGACUGCGUUGUUGGCCAAGUCGCCUGAGGCGACGAGAGAGGAUGGAAAGAAGGCGAUGCAGUUGGUGGAUGGGGAUUUUGAGGUGGCGAUUAAGGCUUUCGUAUAA